AUGAGCGAGAGCAGAGAGGCGUCCUCCCUGGGCAUGAUGGACUCGGCGUUCUUCGUGAGCCGAAAGGAGCUAAUCGAGUGGGUGAACAGGACACUAAAGCUGAGCGUAACCAAAAUAGAGCAAUGCUCGAAUGGAGCCAUCUAUACACAGCUCUUGGACAUUCUGUUCCCCAACAAGUCUGUCCUCCACAAAGUAAAAUGGAAUGCCAAGCUAGAAUAUGAAUGCAUAGUUAACUACAAGUUGAUUCAAAAUGUCUUCAACAAAAUCGGGAUUAAAAAACAUAUGGACAUAGAUAAACUAAUUAGGGGAAAAUACCAAGACAAUUUAGAAUUUCUCCAGUGGUUUAAAGCUUUUUUUGAGCGAAUCAUUGAUUAUAAUAAUAAACAUGUAAUUAAUUAUGACCCUCUUGAGCGUCGUAAAAUGUGCAUUCUUGGAGAUAGGGGAGAUUACAAGUUACUAAAUAACUAUUUGCCCGAUUGGGCCAAGGUAGAAAUACAUAAUGGGAAAGAGAAAUUAAUACACAACGAAAAUAGGACUUGUUCUAAUAACCCCAAAUGGAACAAUGACUACAAAUCCAGUGUCCAUCAGGACAACGUAACGUCCAGUGUGGCCACCCGUGCCGCCACUUCCUCCAGUAACAACAGCAGCGCUGCUAAUCUGUGCCAGUCUCACUCUGGGAGAAAGAUUAUGAAGAAGGAAAAACGAUCCACAUUGCUCACCACGACAGGGGACAACAAUAUGACUAGUUCCCAUUCGUGCAAGGAAAUAAUUCACUCUGCUAAGAGGUACCCCAAUGGGGUAACGCAUCAGGGGAUGACGGCUACAGGGACACACGUGGGAAACCACCACCUACCCACGUCCACGUCCACGAACAAGCGGCUUUCCGUCUCAGCAAAGGUCUCCUCGCGAGGAUCACUCUCCUCUUCCACUUACUACCACCCCAACAAAAAUAACUGCCAUGUAGACAACCACAAGGAUACCCUCUCCCUAAGCGAACAAAAUAGAAAGUUCAAAAUGCAGUUGGAAAAAAAAAACAGCGAAAUUGCCUCAUUACAAAAUACAUUAAAAAUACAGGAAAACGAAAAAAAACUUUUACUUUUCCAAAAAAAUUUUUAUUACAACAAAUUGAGGUUUCUUGAGCUGCUGUGCAACCAGACGGAUGACGAGGCUCUGCUGGUGAGCGACAUACGGCACAUCAUCUAUGCGCGCGAGAAUACGUACUUCCACCAGACUAUAUCGCUUAGGGGGAAGGCUAACGUGGAUGGGGGGGAAGCUAGCGAAGUGGACCCAAACGAGGUGGAAGUGGCCCAAUCGGGGGAAGCCUACGCCGAGACUGAUAAUGAAGCCCCCCUGUCUCACGCCCAUGACCGCUACAACGCGCACGACUUCGUGGAGCAGAACGGCGAGGUAGAGCAAUACGCGAGGCACUACAACAAUCAGGGUGCGAUGGACUUUCCUACCUACUGCUCCUAG